UUUAAAAAGCCAAAUACUUUGAAAAAGAAAACUUUAUAGACAAUUUUGACGUAACAAUUACUCAUGCUACACUUUAAGAUACCAACAUCCUUUUGUGCAAGUUUCAUUAAAAUUAUAAUGAACCAUUUCUGUGUAGAGCACGAUAUCGUUAACAAAAUAAAUUGAAUAUUAAUUAUAAUAUGUUUAUUAAGAUUAGCAUUGUCUUGUUUGGGAUCGCGAUACCUUGUGUUCUUGGAGUUGGUUAUGGCAAACAUAGGAACCAGCCACAUCAAUGCGAUGACAUUGCAAUUAUUGGUGCCGGUGUAACCGGAAGUUAUGCUGCAUGGCGACUACGUCAGAAAAAUCUAAAAAUAACUAUGUACGAGUACUCGAACCGAAUCGGUGGACGCUGUUUUACCGUCCAUCUUCCAGAUAUACCGGAUGUAAAUAUAGAAAUGGGUGCAAUGAGGUUCAUACCGACAUCACAUCCAUUAGCAAACAAGACAAUUCAUGAUUUAGGUUUAGAAGUUAUAGAUUUUGAAUUGGGUACCGGACCAAGCCCGGACUCUAUGUACUAUUUAAGAGGGAAACAUAUGAGCUACAGAAACCUGCCGAGGCAAGCUCCCUACAACCUACCGCCGGAAAAUCGCCUUGACCUUAAAACACUGAACUGGAAUGUUUUCAAAAAUUUCACUGUUGUUACUCAAAACGGGACCAUCCUCAAAUCUUUGGACGGAGUAGAUUUGUCUGAUCAAAGGUUAGAUAAACAGAUUUAUAGAGUGGUUUUCCAGGACAUGGUCCGGGAUAUUGCAGCAUUAGACAGUCUGCCAACCUCAGACCCGGGUCAGCAAUCUUCUGUACCUAAUGCAGUCAAAACUGUCAAGUCAGGAUUUCAGUCUAUACCUUUAACACUUGUUGGGCAGUUUUUACAAGCCAGCGAGAAACAUAGUUUUAACUAUAACCGUCAUCUUAGAUCAAUUUUGAAGCGAAGUGAUGGAAAAUAUACACUAAAUUUCAAGCCAACAAAAACAAUAAACGGAAUAACCACCGAUGAUCAAAGAAGUGACGUCAUCAAACGGUGUGCAGACAGGGUGAUACUAGCUAUACCUAGAAUUGCCAUAGAGAACCUUGACUGGGACGGACUUAAAGAUACACAAGUCCAAGAAUAUCUGAAGCAUUCAAUAAAGGAGAUCAAAGCAGCUAAAAUAUAUUUUGGUUAUGAUACCGCUUGGUGGCAACACCUACCGAGAGCAACAAAAUACGCUGUUUCAAUGACGCCAUUGCGGCAAUCUUACGAUUUUGGCGUGUCAAAAACUACCUCUAAAGGGGUUUUAAAUAUUGCAUACACAGAUGAAGAUACAAGAGUAUGGCGUGAAGCUAUGAAGGCAGGGAAUGUUGUCCUUGGUGUCAAUGAUGAUUCGAUUGCAGCAACUAAUCUAAGCGUGUACAUGGCUAGAAAAUAUUAUGCAGAAGUGUUUGAUGUACCAAUAUUUUCAGUACCACAACCAAAGUCUGCAGUUAUGAAAGUCUGGGACCAGUACCCUUUCGGUGCCUCAUGGUAUUCAUGGCGUCCCGGCUAUAAAUGGAAUGAGGUAGAAACGCGCAUGAUGAAACCGUCUGCUACCGAUGACGUGUAUAUUACGUCAAAUGUUUUCUCAAGUAGCGGACGCACUGGCUGGAUAGAAGGAGGCAUGGAAAUAGUGGAAAAAGUCAUCAAGUUCUUUUAAACACAAAAAACAA